AGGAGUCUGGAUCCUUUAGAGCUUUUUUGCAUCUGUUGGCCCGCUGCCAGCGCCAUCAUUUGCGUUAGAGUACAUCUCGUGUGGCCAUAGCAGAAGAUAACAGUUCGGACCUGCUUAGAAUCGUAGGGCAGGUACGCCAGCCAAGUACGCUUGCUGUCUUGGAGUCUUGGAGAACCGCCUCCCCAUUACCGGAUGAGGAAGCUGGAAGCAAUGCUCUUGUCUUAGAGGCUCGCGACAGAGAGUACCAAGCAAUCGACCUUGAAUAAAUAACAACAAGAUGGCGACAGUCUGUAUCUGCACGACUCUCAAUUUUUACUCGUCGCAGCAUUAUUAUCGUUGCCCGCCAUGAAGGUCUCCACGCUCCUCGGUCUGCUUCCCGGCGCUGUUCUCGCCUCCGAUGUCUUGAGCGUCGCAUUCUACGCAAAAGAGAAGAACCAGCUCUAUGACUUCAUCUCGGCCAAUAGCGAAAUUGAUUAUGGCUGCCGCCCUGUUGUCAUGGCUGCGGGUGGUGAGCACAAGCUGCACGCUGUCAUCUCAGAGGACCAUCUGGACCACUUCAAGCGAAGCCUGGACCCCGAGCUCGUUCGCGUUGAGCUUUUACACAACAUGAACAAACGACAGACUGCGACUGCACCCAUCGGCAAGGGCGAUCGUUUCAAGGGUGGAAAGGUCGCACCCCGCGGUCUCGGUACUAGGAAGCCCAGCGAGUACGCCCAGCUCCAGAGCGCUGGUGUCUUUAAUGCCGACGAAGUCUACACCGCCAUGAAGGGUCUGGAGAAAGAGUACGGCAUGUCCAUCUUCACCACACCGCACAAGACCUACGAGGGUGCAAAGAUCAUCGGUGGUGUUGCCAACAAGGCGCAGAAGAUCAAGAAGGAUAAGCAGUACAUCUACUUCACUUCUGGAAUUCACGCACGUGAGCGCGGAGGACCUGAUAACCUGAUCUACUUCGUCUCUGACCUUCUUUACGCGAAUGAGCACCGUAUCGGUCUCACCUAUGGCAAUAAGAAGUACACUAAUAGUCAAGUCAAGAAGGCUCUUGGUGCGGGUGUCGUCUUCAUUCCCAUGCUGAACCCAGAUGGCGUACGCCACGACCAAGCUAACAGCAACCUCUGGCGAAAGAACCGCAACCCAGCCUCUUCCAGGCCCAACGAACCCCUCAGCGUCGGUGUAGAUCUCAACAGAAACUUCGAUUUCCUCUGGAACUUCACCGAGAAGUUCGACCCUUCCGUCUCCCCAGCUUCAACAAAUGCCUCUUCCCAGGCUUUCUACGGUACUGCACCGUUCUCCGAGCCUGAGUCGAGAGAUAUGGCAUGGGUGUAUGACGAGUACCCUAACAUCCACUGGUACAUCGACGUUCACUCUGCUGCGGGGACUCUGCUCUACUCAUGGGGAGAUGACGUCGAUCAAUCCCACGACCCCAAACAGAACCUGUUCAACCCUGCCUACGACGGCAAGCGCGGUAUCGUCGAAGACAACCUGUACAAGGAGUACAUUGACCAAGAGGACUGGGACAACAUCCGCAUCGCAGCCAACCGCACCACCGAUGCCAUGAUUUCCGUUGGAGGCCGCGAAUACAUCCCUCAACAAGCCGUUGGCCUGUACCCUACAUCCGGAGCGACUGAUGACUGGUCUUUCAGCCGCUGGCACAAGAACAAGAAGCUCACCAAGGUCUACGGAUACACCAUGGAAUUUGGUUACCCAACUAACUUCUACCCUACGAGCGAGGAGUACAUUCAGAACAUCAUUGACACCAACGCGGGCUUCAUGGAGUUUAUUCUCGCUGCUGUCGAGAUUGGCCUCAAGGCAUAAGUCUCAUUGCUUGAUAUGUAAUGGUAGUGAAAGGUGGCUCUUGGGGCGAGCACGCGGUGGUGAUGAUGUCAUGAGAAACGAAAGACGAUGUGUCG